UUAGACUAUUCUUUUCAUUCUCUAUUAUAUCUCAUAUAUAAUCAAUUUUUAAAUCUUAAGUCACUACGAUCCUUAGAUAAAGAAAUCAAAAAAUGUGACUCCUAUGGUCACUUUCAAAAUCCCAAACAACAUCCAGCAAUAAAAGCAAAUACUCUUUUUAAUGCAGUUUUAGAAUUUUUCUUAGAUAUUAGGGAACCAAAUAACUUUUCUCUUUUUGUAGAUAUGAUUCAAGAAAAAUUUCCAAUAUUCUUUAACAAUCAUUUCAAAUUCUCUGAACGUUGUUUUCAUAAUGCUUACAGUAGUGGUGUGGAAUUACCAGAUUCAAAAUACAUUAAUGACUGUAAAUAUGAUAAAAAAGCUGAUGAAUUAUAUGUAUUCAAAGGUGAUAACCUUUUCAACUUUAUAAAGGAAGCUAAAGUUAUUCAAAUCUCAAAAUUAGAAAAUAUAAUAUUUCAAAACACACAAAAUGUAGCACUUUGUUAUUUAAAAUCAUCAAACAGUAUUCCAAUACAUCUAUUUUCAAUUCAACAAUAUAAAAUGUUACUAUCCACAUAUCCUUUGUACCCAGGUUUAAAACUAUCCAAAUCAAUAAUUAAAAAAACAAUAUCAUCAGAGUCAAUAUUAUUUUUAAAGCAACUCUUCCAAAAUGGUUUUAUAAAUAACAAUACCUCCAAUGAUCCAGAAUUUGAUCAACUGUUAUCAUUUACAAAAAAAGAACUAAUGAAUCAUAACGACUAUAAAUACAUAAAUUGGAUAAAUAAAUAAAUAAAUAUUAAAAAUAAAAUAAAUAAAUUAAAAUAAAUUUCUAAUAUACCUAUACCAUUAUAAUUAUUAUUUUUUUU